AUGGGCUACGUCUUCUACUCAAUAACUUUCCUCUUCCUCGUCAGCGCAACCGGUACGCCAAACUCAACCCUCUCUCCUCCACUCCCCCUUCCACUAACACAAACACUCGCAGCACUCUACCUAACAAAACACCUCUGGAUCGCUCACGCCCCUCCGAUCCCCUACCUCACAGCACCAGGCCACAUCCCCGAGCCCCUCUGGCGACUUUCCCAAUCCCUGCAACGACUAAACCCUUUCGCCCAAAACGCGUACAUCAGUCUGGGCCAAAACAGUUUCGAAGACGAUAUUGAGGCUGGGUUCAGCAGUGCAAACUUUGACUUGCGCGAGAAUGUCGAGGGUGGGGAUAGUAGACAGGGCUUGGAUGAGCAGGGCAAGGAAAGAGUGAAAGCGAUUAUGAAGAGUAGGGGUUGUGGGUUUGAUGAGGCGAGGAGGAUAGUUAUGGAGGAGAGGUUUGGAAGAGAGAAUAUUGGCAAGGAUGGCAGGCCGAGAGAUCCCAAGGCUGUCAUGUUUGACCGCUUGUGA